AUGUCCUCGACGGCCUCACCCAAUGCCGCGCUUCUCGCGGAAAUCAACGACCUGAAGGUAAAACUCGCCGAGAAGGAGGCGCUGCUGCAGCCGGAGGGGGUAGUGUCGAAGAAGUCCAAGAAAAAGAGCCAGGCGAACAUGAUCGAGAAAGAGCCCGUGCAGGGCUGCCGAGACUUCCCUCCUGAGGACAUGCGCGUGCGCAGGCACCUCUUCGGCGUCUUCCACGAGACGGCCCGCAAAUUCGGCUUCGAGGAGUACGACGCCCCGGUUCUGGAGUCGGAGGAGCUUUACAUCCGCAAAGCAGGGGAGGAGAUUACAGACCAAAUGUUCAACUUUGUGACGAAGGGUGGCCACCGUGUCACACUGCGGCCGGAGAUGACGCCGUCAUUGGUGCGUCUGCAGCUCGCCAAGGGCCGCUCUCUGCUUCUGCCCGCCAAGUGGUACUCCAUUCCGCAGUGCUGGCGCUACGAGGCCAUCUCCCGCGGCCGUCGCCGUGAGCACUACCAGUGGAAUAUGGAUAUCGUCGGCGUGAAGAGCGUGGCCGCAGAGGUGGAGCUCGUGUGCGCCGCGUGUGCGGCGAUGGAGUCGCUCGGCCUCACCGCGCAGGACGUUGGCGUGAAGGUGAACUCGCGCAAGUUGCUGCAGUGUGCACUCGCCGGCGCUGGCGUGCCGGAUUCUCUCUUUGCUCCAGUGUGCGUGAUCGUCGACAAGAUGGAGAAGCUGCCUGAGGAACAAAUCCGCGCGGAGUUAGAGGACCUGGCCCUGGAUGGCCAGCAGGCGGAUGACAUCAUCAGGACACUUAGUCUCAGGUCUGUGGACGACUUCGACAAGAACCUCUUUGACAAGAACGGCGCCCUCUCGGAGCUCGCGGAGUUCUUCUCGCAGAUGCAGAUGUACGGGUACGGCGACUGGAUCCAGUUCGAUGCGAGUGUUGUGCGUGGACUCGCCUACUACACCGGGAUCGUUUUCGAAGCGUUUGACCGCAGUGGUGAGUUCCGCGCGAUCUACGGAGGCGGCCGCUACGACAACCUCUUCACUCUGUACGGCAGCCCGCAGCCUAUCUCGUGCGUCGGGUUCGGCUUUGGCGACUGUGUCAUCAUUGAACUGCUGAAGAAGAAGAAGCUGAUUAACUCGCUGCCGCAUAAGGUGGAUGAUGUGGUGAUUCCGUUCAACGAGUCUCAGCGAGGCACCGCCUUGAAGGUAUUGAAGCAGCUGCGUGACAAGGGCCGUAGUGCCGACAUCAUUAUGGACUCCAAGAAGGUUGCUCAGACCUUCAGCUACGCGGAUCGUAUCGGCGCUGACCGUGCCGUGCUGAUUGCGCCGGACGAAACGGAGAAGGGCAUGGCGCGCGUGAAGAUGCUGCGCGAGGGGCAGAGGGGCGAGGAUGACCGUGGUGACCUUGUGCCCUUCGAAGACUUGUAG